AUCCUCUUCACUCUGUUCUCACACUCGCCGGUUUCUUUUCCUUCUUCCUCCUUUUUCGCUUUCACUUUUGUUCGCCAAAUCGAAGCGCAUUACAGAGCAGCAAGCUUAGCGGAGAAGUAUGGAGUAGCAGUGGCAGCGCGGAAGAGCAGUGCGCUAGUGCUAGAAGAAGAAGAAGAAGAAGAAAUUUGAAGCGGCGGUGUCGGUGGAUGACGCAAUGAAGGGUUUCGUGGUGAUCUCGACACCUCCAGCGUCGAAGCGGCGCUGUCGCUCCUCUUCGGUGGCGGUACUCGUCCUCGUCAUAUUUUCCCUGCUCGUGCCCCUCUUCUUCCUUCUCGGCCUCCUCAACCGCUUCCCCUCCGGAUACGUCACAGACGAUGAUCUCGUGCCUUGGGAAAGUACUCUGUAUGGCGUUGGUACUUCUUCAAAGUUCGGUUCAUAUGAAGGUGACAGUCUAAGGAUCAAGAAUCUCGUCAAAAAAUUUGAGCCUGCGUUCUCAAAGGAUCUUAGCUGGAAUCACAUGCAAAAAACUGGUACCUUUCUGAAUAAGAAACCUGCCAAGAAUUCCACGCCACUGAUUGAGGAGGGGAAGGGUCCAAUUUCCAAACCAUUGACUGUGAUUAUGACUUCACACUCUGAUCCAAAUAAUAACAGUGCCUAUCAUAAACCAGAAACGGUCAUUCAUGACACCCACGGUCCCCAUGUAGCACAAAAAGUUCCAACAUCACUUCCAUAUUUGAGUAAGCAUGGGAGCAGUGAUGGCAUGAAAAUAAAUGCUGGUGGAGAAAAUGGUGAUGAAAUAAGGAAAGAUUGUCAGCGUGAAUUUGGGAGCUAUUGCUUAUGGUCUGUAGAACAUAAAACAGCAAUGAAGGAUUCCAUGAUUAAGACAUUCAAAGACCAGCUUUACGUUGCUAGAGCUUACUAUCCAAGCAUAGCAAAACUUCAUGGACAAAUGAAGCUAUCUCGUGAUUUGAAACAAAAUAUACAAGAACAUGAACGGAUACUCAGUGAAGCAAUUACAGAUGAUGAUCUUCCAAAAUUUGCAGAAAAGAAGACGCAGAAGAUGGAAGAGACAAUUGCAAGAGCUAAAGCGUGCGCUGUGGAUUGCAAUAACGUUCAGAAGAAACUCAGACAGAUACUAGAUCUCACCGAGGAUGAAUCUAAUUUUCAUAUGAGGCAAAGCGCAUUCCUCUAUCACCUUGCUGUUCAGACAAUGCCUAAAAGUCUUCAUUGCUUGUUAAUGAGAUUGACAUUGGAGUUUUUUAAAUCUCCGUCAACUAGCUACCAGGAGUCCCACCCUAACCCAUUUGACGGUCGAAAUCUUAUGCAUUAUGCGAUUUUCUCCAAAAAUGUUCUCGCAGCUUCAGUUACAAUAAAUUCAACAGUAAUGAGCUCUGAGGUCAAUCAAAAUAUGGCAUUCCAUGUUGUAACAGACGCACAAAAUUUUUAUGCUAUGAAGGUAUGGUUUCAAAAAAACUCUUACAGAGAAGCAACUGUUCAUGUGAUAAACAUUGAAGAACUUAAGACGAAGCACGUCCUUCACAAUACCAGCCUAUCAGCACUGUUACUAUCUGAGGAAUUUCGUAUAUCUAUUCAUAGACCUGAUCAACCUGCUGCAGAAACGAGUGCUGCAUACAUUAGUGUGUUUGGCCAUUCUCACUUUCUUCUUCCCGAACUCUUUAAGAACCUAAAAAGAGUAGUGGUUUUGGAUGAUGAUGUGGUUGUUCAGCAGGAUUUAUCAUCCCUAUGGAGCUAUGACCUGGGUGGAAAGGUGAUUGGAGCUGUUGAGCUUUGUGGGAUGACACUAAGCCAACUGAAAAAAUUUCUGGGCAGAAACAUCUAUGAUGCGAAUUCAUGCACUUGGAUUUCUGGAUUGAAUAUUGUUGAUUUGGAUAAAUGGAGGGAGCAUAAUGUGACGGCGAUAUAUUUGCAACUUCUUCAAGGCUUUCAAACGAAAGAUGAAACAUCGCUUAGAGCUGCAGCACUGCCCGCAAGCUUAAUUGCAUUCCAGAAUCUGAUCCAACCCUUAAAUGAGAGCUGGUCUUUGGCAGGGCUUGGUCACAAUCAUGGUAUCACUAGAGAGGCUAUAAACAGUGGUUUGUCCUUGCAUUACAAUGGCAAUAUGAAACCUUGGCUUGACCUCGGCAUUCCAAAAUACAAAAAGUACUGGAAGAAAUUUCUUACACAGGAUGACAAGUUCAUGGUUGAAUGCAAGGUGAAUCUAUAGCUGAAUGAAUCAGUCGAUGCAAUUUGCCACCUGAUUUGGAUAUUCCAUAUGCUCAGCGAAUCAAGUAGAACAAAUCACACAGAAUGCUUGAGAGUUUGUGUUUACAACUGGAUCUUUGCCGAGAUAUUACUUGGCAACGUGGAAGGCAAUUUCAUUUGCUUGAUGGAAGUGAAUCAAGUAAAUCGAAAUUGAAAUUGUCUAGUUGGAGAGAUCUUUGAUAGAACAAGAGAUUACCUUGUCACUUGUACCCUGGAUUAGAUUUGUGCUUCUCUCCUUGCUGCUAAUGCAGUUUUUAUUUUUUAUUUAUUUUAUUAUUAUUUUUUAAAAAUAGAACAGGUAGAACAUUGAUGUUCUACAAAUGCAGUUCCUCAACCUGUAAUUUCACCAGUCCGGUCUCAAUAAACAGGCCACUGGUUUGUAAAUCUGUAUCAUCAUGAGUGUUUUCUGUUGGAUUUCUGUGUGUUUAUCAACUGCUCUUCAGUAAUGAAUUUGUUUAUUCUUCCAGUUGUCA